AUGGAAGCUAACAUAUGUGAUGAGAUGACACUUGGAAUACACAUGGCGAUAGAAAAUGAUGUUGUGACAAAUGGAGAUGACCUUGUGAGUGAAAGAAAGGAGAAGAUAAAACAGGAAGAUAAUCUUGAAAUGGAGUUAGAAGAAGAUAAUUCAAGCAAUAUCUUAAGCAAUGAAUUAGAUGCAAAGGAAGCCCAUGUUGAUGGAAAACCCCAAAAAUGUUCCAUUACAUAUGAAGAAGAAGAAGAAGAAGAAAAAGAGGCAUGUAGUGAAGAAGAGGAUGUAGAUCUCAUGGAAGAACUUCAUUAUGCUUACAAGGAAAAUGAAAAGAUCAAGAAAAGGAUUGCAAAACAAAAGGCACAAAUUCAAGAAUUUUGUAAAGCUAAAAAAGAAUCAAAUGAAAUCAUUAAAAAUUUAAAAGUACAACUAGAAGAGGCCAAACAAAAGAGGAUGUAA